AUGGAUCGCAAAGAACGUCGUCGCCGCCGUAAACCCUCAGUGCCUGUCAAUACUCUCGCCCAUUCGAAGGCCAAAUCUGCUCGUCCUUACCAAUGUACCUUCUGUACCGACUCAUUCCCUGCUAAGUAUGACUGGCAGCGGCACGAGAAGUCCAUGCAUCUAAUCUUGGACAAAUGGACUUGUUCUCCCCAGGGCGGUGCAUUUGAACAGAACGGUAUAGCUCUUUGUGUCUUCUGCUUGGCAGCUAACCCAGACGAUGAACACCUAGAAACUCAUAACUUCAUCAGUUGCCAAGAGAAGACAGUGCAAGAGAGAACAUUUUACCGGAAGGAUCAUCUCAACCAACACCUGCGCUUGAUGCACAAUGCCAAGUUCCAACCCUGCAUGGAGAAAUGGCAAAGCAGUAUUACAGAUAUCAAAUCCCGCUGUGGGUUCUGUGGCUCCAUCUUCCAAACAUGGAAAGAUCGAGUGGACCAUUUGGCCGGUCAUUUCAAAAAUGGAGCCAGCAUGGCUCAAUGGCAAGGGGACUGGGGCUUUGACCCACAGAUUCAAGCUCGCGUGGAAAACGCUAUUCCGCCGUACAUGAUUGACUAUGAAUGGCGGUCCCCUGAUCCCUGGGCCACUGAACAAGCUAAAGGAGACGGCAGCACACUUAGGCUUCCUGUCCCUACAGAUAUCAAUUGUUACCACCGCCUUUCUCGCGAACUCACUACAUACAUCCAUAACCAAAAGGCACAAGGCGUUGUUCCGUCAGAUCAGAUGAUACAAGCAGAAGCUCGCCGUGUCAUCUAUGGAUGUGACGAUCCUUGGAACCAGACUUGCGCAGAUAAUAUUGUUUGGCUGGGUGUCCUCAAGCGCGAUUGUGGAUUAGAAACUCCCGUGAACAACGACAGCAUCCAGUUUGCUGACCUGGGCAUGCAGCCCCCAUUCGCUAUCAAUGGUGGUCUCCGGGCUGCACCCCGGGAGAUUAAUGUGCUAGCGCGCACAGUCUGCCACGGGGCACCCCUCCACAGCCCCGCAGUCUCUAGUCCUAGCCUUCGCAGUCACGGCUUCCCUGGUACCGGCUUUUCUUCUGCCGGACCUAGCCGACCGGGCAGUUUAUCAGGAAGUUACGCUGGCAGUGCAGGGAUGAUGUCAGCUGGUCCUGACCCGUCCUUCUCUACGGAUUGGGCUAGUAGUCUUCCGACUACUGCGUCUGUGCCUGGAGAAGGCACAGCUGACCCUCUGGUACAAAUGGGAUUUGACCCAGAAUUCCUACAACGACUGAAUGACAGCUACGGUGAAAUCAACCCGGAUGAUUUGGAAGGCUUGCAACUAGAUGGUCAAAAAGUCUCUGGGGGACAAGGAUGGCCAAAUAGAGACUUACUUGGUCAGCCUAUCUCCCCGUCUCGUAUGGGUGAGGUGCCUGCUUCAGGCCAGGUUGGUAUUUUCAAUUCCAAAGUGGACCACCCUCCUGCAUCGAAUGCCACCCAUGAUGACAUGCCAGGCUACUUUGGCAAUAGUAACUUUUGA